UACAGACUCCGCCGCGGUAGGCGCUCGUCGCCUUUCGAUUUAAAAAAAAAAACUUUUUUUUGUGUGUGUGAACUCCCACAAAUAGUAGUUUCUUUAAGCAACGGGAAAAUUCCUUUGAAAAUGAUCACAGCACUCACGGUCCUAGCAUUACUAGCCGUGCCCACCUUCGAGCAGGACUCUCAAGGCUCUACCCCAAUCUCGCCAUGUCCCAACGUGUUCAUGUACGAGCCACCAGGGUCGGAGCCGGGAAGGUGGUACGGAGUGGUCAACCUGUCCACUGACAGCACGUUGCAUUCGCUGUGGUUGAAUAUAGUACUGGAUAAUAAGGCUGAUAUACUUGGGAACUGGGUAGGAGAUGUCUCAACAACGGAUAAUAAGGACUUCAAAAUUGAAAAUGCUGAGAUGCAAAUCAGCCCUGGCCCAGCUGUGGCCGUGCGGUUUUUCGUGCAAUUUAACCCCCUCAACAAGACUCCAAGACUUCAAGCCAUUAGAUUGAAUGGGAGGGAGAUCUGUAACGCGAACACGCCUAGGCCAGUCGACAAUGAUAGGCCUGACUUACAAGAGCCUGUGAGACGGCCUACAACACGACCUAACAUGGGGAUUGAUCUGAACACGACGCCCGUAAGAGUUCCGCCUAGGGAGUCUCCCAGUCCAGUAUUUCAGAGACCUAGCAACAAUGCUGUUCCUGCUAAUAUCCCCAACGACAACCCGUCACAAGACCUAGACAGACCUGGCAAUGGUUUUGUCCUCACCACGUUAAGACCAGACCGCUGGUCUACCAAGAAGCCCGUAAGUACAACAUCGCGAGACACUGAUUACUGGGAAGGCCCAGCGUUCAUCACUUUACCAGCACAAGAUAGUACUAACUCUAAAACUCCUGGUGGGCAGGCUCAGUGCGGCAAAGUGGUGUUAAACCCAAUACCACUGGUGGUCAAUGGGACACCCACUUUGGAAGGCCAAUGGCCCUGGCAGAUUGCAUUAUACCAGACUCAGACUGUGGACAACAAGUACAUCUGCGGUGGUACUCUAGUGACCCAUCGUCACGUAAUCACAGCAGCACACUGCGUCACCAGGAAGCAGUCACAGCGGCUGGUAGACCAGAACACCCUGACGGUCUACUUGGGGAAACAUAACUUGAGGACUUCGGUAGAAGGGGUGCAAGUUAGAUUUGUAGGAAAAAUAACAGUGCACCCAGACUACAACGCGACGACAUUCAGUCGUGAUGUUGCCAUCCUGGAGCUCAGAGAGCCGGUGCAGUAUUCCGACUGGAUCCGACCAGCUUGUCUGUGGCCUGACAAUGAAAUCGCGCUGAAGAACGUCAUUGGAAAGAAGGGUUCGGUGGUAGGCUGGGGUUUCGACGACACAGGCGUGGCGACUGAAGAGCUAAGCCUGGUGGAGAUGCCUGUAGUUAGCCAGGAGACCUGCAUCAGGUCAUACAGCGAGUUCUUCGUGCGCUUCACCUCGGACUACACUUACUGCGCCGGUUAUAGAGAUGGACUCUACAAUGAAAAAACCGGCGUUAGGGAAAGUACGUCAGUCUGCAACGGUGACAGCGGCGGCGGCAUGGUGUUCCGUCAGAACGGCAUCUGGUACCUCCGCGGCCUCGUCUCAUUGUCUGUGGCGAGGCAGAACGAGUACCGUUGUGACCCCACACACUACGUCAUAUUCACAGACUUAGCCAAAUUCUUGCCCUGGAUCUACGCUACUGUGUCAGAUUUCUGAUCUUUUUUUAAAUAAAGAUUAAUUCUGUUAUUGGAGAUUUUCGUGGGAGAUUUUUUUAUAGAAUAUGGCAGCACCAAUUGGUUACGAAAUCAGAUCUCGACUGUAGGUAAAUAAUGUUUUUUAUCGAUAUCUGUCCUGUCCUAUACAAUUAUAUCAAUCUAGACAUGAAUAAAAACUGAUUGGUUGGUGAAAAGAACAAUCCUAAUAACAAAAUCAAUCUUUACAGUCGCCAUUUUGGUAAGGCAGCCAUUUUGUUGUAAUAUUAGGUUAACUUUAUUAUAGUAUUUUCCUAAUAAAUACAGAAUGAAACGGAAUUUAAAUACGUAAUAGAUAGUAAAUUUACAAUUACCUACUAGGUACAACUUGUUCUAAAUGCGUGGGGAUUGGAAAAAGCUUUAGAGCUGAAGGGAUGUUUGUGAAGUUUAGGCCUUUUCAGACCCGAAGCCCUAGACAGGAUCAAGUAGGUCUCAGCUAAGUUGUGUCAACAGUAUUGUGUAUGACAAAAGUUUGUGAAAUUAUAUUCCUUAACCACGCAAUGUGAUGUGCUAUUUGUACAAAUUAUGAUCUUAUAAACAUUGAAAUAUUUUGUGAUCAAAUCUGUAGGUAGUUCCUUGAUGUGUUAAUUUUAAUUCUAUUUUAUGAUGGCGAACGGUUAUAUGUAAGAAACAAAAAAUAUUACCAUCAAUGGAAAAUAUGCUGAAGAAUGAUUCUUAAAAUAUUUAUUUAGACUGAUAAAAUAUUGAUAAUUUGCUCCUAUUUCAUGUUUAUUAAUAUACAAUUUUCCAACAUAAA